AUGGACCAACACAAAUUUGAAGCCCAAACGUAUAUAACAUCGACAAAACAGGUGCAAAAGCCUGAACGCAUUAUUACGAAAAAGGGGGUUAAGCAGAUUGGUUCUGUCACAUCAGGUGAAAGAGAUGAGCUGGUAAUCGUAGUCGAUGCGAUCAACGCUGCUUGUGGAUUUAUUCCGCCCUACAUGAUAUUUCCCCGUGUCAAUUAUUGUAAUUACUUUAUACGAAGUGUGCCAUCGGGAUCUGACGGUGCGGCCACCAGAGCAGGUUGGAUUAACGAGGAAACGUUUAUCAACUAUCUCGAUCACUUCAAUAAGCAUACACGCUGUAUACCCGACAGAAAGGUAUUGCUCAUCUUUGACAAUCACGAUGCCCACGUUUCACUGAGAGCUGUUGACAUGGCAAAAGCGAACGGAGUUGUGGUGUUGACCAUCCCUCCACACACGUCCCACAAACUCCGGCCUUUGGACAAGACUGUUUAUGGACCAUACAAAAGAGCCUACGCGCGCGCGAUGGAUAAUUGA